AUGUCGGAUACAAAUACCCCAGCAUCCACCUCUACCUCCGUCAUUGAAAAUGAGUCUAGUUUGAAGGAUGUAUUAGAAAAAUAUGGCAUUAGAAGUGAUAGCAUAACAAGCAUCCCCCAGUUCACACCAGUUCUUCACCCAAUCGAUGAAAGUUCUAAGGAGUUCAAGCUCUGCAUAGAUGACAUUCUUCGUAGGAUAAAAAAUAUGGGGCCAGUCAUAGAUAGUAAUGAGGCUAUGCGUUGCGAAUACAUUUCUACAAUCCUUCAUACUGCUGUCAGCAUCGUAGGAGGAUUGGUAAUCUUGCCUCAGAUGAAUGUAUCUGGUGAAGAAAGUACCGGACAUGUCGAUUAUGCGAUCAAGAAAAUACUGGAUGAUUUGUUCGAAGAAACAAUAUACAUAACUGAAGGAAAGCAAAACCAGCCAGGUAAAGGUGUGGCACAAAAUCUAAUGCAAUGUCGAAGUUCAUGCGAAAUGAACUUAGAUAUGUUCAAGAAAAAACGUAAGGCUGAAGAGGUAUUCGAGUCUGAGUAUGAAUAUGUAUAUGGUAUCGUUACAACAGCUACGGACUGGUAUUUCAUUCUACAUAGCACCGAGGCUAUCUAUUGCACGAGUAAGACCGAAUACCGAAUCUCACUUACUGAAGAUGCCCUUGAUGAUGAUACAGACUUGUGCAAGUAUGUGAAGAGAAUUUUAGAGGUGAUAGUGGGCUUAUUAAAAGAUAGGGUAUCUGUCAGCAAUGAACCAUCAUCUAAGAGGCGUUGUGUGCAAGAAAAAAUCAAGAAAAAAUAG